AUGGAACAUGCACGAAAUUAUUAUCUUAAAUUAUGCGACCAAUACGACUGCGAUCCUAUACCUGAAGUGAUGCAACAUUUCGAUACGGAAACUCACAAGUUAGAACUGGAAGGUUGCAAUAUAACACUAAGAUCAUGUGUAGCAUUAGCAGAAUUUUUACGGAAAGAUAAUUGGUUUCGAGUUAUAAAUUUAAGUGACUGUAUGCUAGGUGAUGAAGGAUGUAGCAUCAUUGCGCCUGCUUUGGGUCAGAAUGCAGUAAUAACUGAUAUCAAUCUGAAGGGAAAUAACAUUAAAGGAAUCGGGGCAGAAAUGAUUGGAUUAAUGCUGAAAGAUACACAAACUCUGCUAAGGCUAAAGUUAGACUGGAAUUCAAUAACUUCCACCAAAAGUGGAUUUUCAAAUUUAGUUGAGGGUUUAUCUGUUAAUAAGACACUCCAACAUUUGGACAUUACCAAUUGUCAGAUAGGCCAAAGCGAAGCUAAAGAAUUAGCUCUGGUCUUAGGGAAUAAUAAAUGCUUGCAAACUCUAGAUAUACGCUGGAAUCAUAUUGGCUUAAUUGGCAGCAGGGCAUUAUUAACUGCUCUGCAAACGAACAAAGUUAUACAUAAUAUAAAAAUUGAUGGCAAUAAUAUCCCCACUGAUAUUAUGCAGGCUAUCGCUUCUUCUGUGCACAAAAAUGAAGAGUGUAAAAUCGUUUCCGAAGAGUACCAAAAGCGUUUAGGAGUUUUAAAUAAAGGACUUGAGAAAUUACAUUACAAUCGUGAUUUACAGAUUCACGAUUUACUGGAUAGAAUUGAUAAACAGGAAGCUCUUUUCGAUCAACUGCAACAGACAUUUAAUAAGAAAAUGGACGGUACUCUAAAUGAGUUGAACAACAAGUCUAUCACUAUCAAAACCCUGGAAGCGAAGCUGGUAGUGGCAAAUACAGCCCUUUCCCUUGCUAAUCAGAAAUCCUUCGAUUUUGGCAAUUUAGUAACCCGAUUAAAGGAUGAUUUAUCCAAUGCCAUGAAUCAACAUGGCCAAGAACUAGCACUGGAGAGAAAGAAAAGGGAAGAAAUGGAAUUUAGAAAGCAAGAAGAAAUUGAUACUCUAAAAGAGCAGCUGCAAUCGUUACUGAAUAAAUGUACUGAUGUUGAGAGAGUAAGUGAUAAAAAGGAGUUGACUAUAGAAGAACUAAAACAAGAAAUUCAAAUAUUAAAGCAAGAGAGCGAAGAAAAAGUAAAUGAUGUGCAAGAUCGAUUAGAUAGGACUAAGAGACAUUGUCAGAAACGGAUUAAAGAGAUGCAAGAUAGUUUCACUGACGAAAAUGAAAUCACGCACAAGGAUUUUAAUAAACGAGAAAAGCUGCUGCUUGAACGUAUUGAAAAAUUAGAGGAAGAAAGAAACGAAUCUGAACAGAGCCUUGUCAACACUAAGAAAUUAAUUACUACGCUAAAGAUGAAAUCCGAAGAAGAAAUUAACGAAAUCAGAUUAAGCCUGCAUAAGGAAGAGCAAGAAAAGAUGAGACAAAUUGGAGAAAGAAUUGAUAUUUUAACACGAUCUAAGAAUGAGUUAACGGACUACGCACAGCAACAGAAAAAAUUAAUUGACGAUUUUAAGAAGGAAGGAGAGCAAGCAAGUAAUGAAAUUGAUUCUUUGAAGAAGAAAAUAAGGUCCUUGGAAAUGGAAAAGGAAGAAAACGAAUUAUCGACACGAUCUUUAUUUAAGAAAGUAAACCAGGAUAAUGAGCAACUUCGAGAAGAAAUGCGUCAGAAAGGCAAACUAGAAGACGAAUUAAAGCAAAAAAUUUAUACUUUAAAUCAAAAUGCUCAAGAUAAUACGCUACGAUAUCAAUCAGAGAUCGGUAAAAAGGAUAAUGAAUUACGAGCCCUCAAGAAUCUAUUGAAAGAUCGUGAUAUUGAGUUAGAAAAGGCAAGAUCGGAAGUAAAACGGACUUCGGGACUAGAAUCGGCACUUAAAAACUACUUUACAGCUCCUGCGACCUAA